AACGGGCUGAUGGUAGCCUGCUACGCGGGCUUCCUGGACAUCGUGGUCCUGCUGAGCGGGUGCCCCUACGUGGACAUCAACCACCAGGACAAUGACGGCAACACAGCCCUCAUGAUUGCAGCCCAGGCAGGCCACGACAUGAUUGUGAACUACCGGCUGAACUACUACCCCGGCCUGGAGGUCGACAAGAGAGAUGCCCGGGGCCUGACUGCGCUCAUGAAGGCCGCGAUACAGGGAUGCAACAACUGUGUCACCGCGCUGGUCCUGGCGGGGGCUGACCUGAACGCAGUGGACCCAGUCAAAGGGAAGACGGCUCGCGAGUGGGCGGUGUUCACCGGGCGCUUCGAGACCAUCGUGCAGAUCCGGCGCCUGUUGCAGCGGCCUCGGGCCGAGCAGUUCAGCAGCGAGUACCUGCCCGAGUGGCCAGCCCUGCCCGAGCUGGUGGCCAAGGCGCUGGCCACGAAAACCAGGGGCGAGCGGAUGCAAGAGAAGAUCCGCUCCAGUUUCAGCUUCCGCUUUCCACACGACCCCGAGGUGGACGGGGUGAUGGACCACAUGGUCAGGAUGACCACCAGCCUGGCCAGCCCCUUUGUGUCCACCGCUUGCCAGACCAUCUGCCCCCUGAGCCCUCCAGAGGUGGGCAAGCGCAGACUAGCUGUGCCAGAGAUCCUCAGGGCACAGGUGCCCAAUGCCAAGCCCCCAGCUGAGGCCAAGACAUGCUCUGGGGCUGAGGAGCUCCCUGGCUGUAGCCAGCCUCCGGCCCUGGCCUCAUCCCAGCCCCGCGGUAGCAUGCCCAGCUUCCUGCCCCUGCGGCUGCUGCGCAGAAGCAGCAUCUUCCCCGAGGACCAUGUCCCCAGGAUCAAGCUGACCAAGCCACCCGCCCCGCCGGCCUCCGCGGAGGAGCAGCCGGAGGAGUCGCAGGACAGGAACACGCUGCGGCUGCCCAAAUGGAGGUACAAGGAGCUGCGGGAAAAGAGGAGAGCGGCCAAGGAGUUAGAGGAGGGAAGCUGA